AUGGCCAUUAUUACCCUUUCAGUGGCCACGGCACUGUACACCAAAGAAGCGUCAGCCGCCGCCGCAGACCUUUAUCCCCUCAUAUUGAUACCAGGAAGCGGUGGCAACCAAUUAGAAGCCAGGCUCACGGAAAAGUACAAGCCGUCAAGCUUGCUGUGCAACCGAUGGUAUCCGCUAAAUAAGGACCCAGACGGCUGGUUCAGGCUCUGGUUCGACCCGACUGUGCUGUUGAGGCCCUUCACCAAGUGCUUCAGCCAGAGGGUGAUGGUCUACUAUGACCCGGAUGAGGAUGAUUACCAUAAUGCCCCUGGUGUUGAGACCAGAGUCCUUCGUUUUGGCUCCACUGAUUCUCUUCUCUAUCUUGAUCCUAAUCUCAAGCGCAUCACAUCAUACAUGGAACCCCUCGUGCGAUCCCUCGAGCAAAUCGGUUACUCGAGCGGAAAAAACCUCUUCGGCGCACCUUACGAUUUCCGAUACGCCCCUGCCGCAGUCGGCCAUCCCUCCCGAGUCGCCUCCCGAUUCCUUUCCGACCUGAAAAGCCUUAUCGAAACGGCGAGCGCCUCCAACGCGGGCCGGCCCGUAAUCCUCCUCUCCCACAGCAUGGGCGGCCCGUACGCCCUCCACCUCCUCGACCAAUCCCCACUCCCAUGGGUCCAAAAAUUCGUCAAACACCUUGUAACCCUGUCGGCCCCCUGGGGUGGCACUGUCGAGGAGAUGUCGACUUUUGCCUCCGGAAACACUUUGGGAGUGCCGCUAGUCGAUCCGCUUUUGGUUCGGGACGAGCAGAGGAGUGCCCCUAGCAAUUUGUGGCUCCUGCCGUCCCCCGCGGUUUUCGACCCGAGCAAACCGCUCGUGGUGGGACCGACCGGGAGCAGCUACACGAGCGGGAGCAUUGCGAGGUUUCUUGACGAUAUCGGGUUCGGGGAAGGGGUGGGGCCGUACAAGACGCGCGUGCGCCCGCUGGUGGAGAGGGUGCCGGAGCCGAGGGUCCCGACAACGUGCGUGGUCGGGAGCGGCGUGGAGACUCCCGAGACGCUUGGGUUGGUGCAAAGGGGUCUGGAUUAUAGCAAUAGGAAGAGGAGAUGGAUAGUUUUGCUGGGGUUGGUCGGAUUUUCCACAUACGGUGUGUACAAAGUGUAUCACUUCCCUUCUGUGGCCAGAAAGAGAAGGAGAUUGUUGAAGCUGUUUGGAUCCCUUGUCUCGAUUGUCGAAAUGGUUUCUGAAUCAUGUGAGACAAUUUCGAUCGUGUCGAGGGAUCUGAAGGGGUUUGUCGAGUCGGAUUCAGACGAAAUCCCCAAUAGUUUAAGGCAACUUUCGAAAAUUGCCCGGUCUGAGGAGUUCUCUGAAUCGGUGGCUCGUGUUUGCCAAUCUUUGACGGUCGGCGUUUUAAGGGGUUACAAGGAGACUAACCGGGCUGAGAUCCAAGAAAUCAAGGGUCCGGGUUUAUUGGAUAGGGUUAUGGAUAAAUUGAUGUCAAGUGCAGACACAGGUUUUGCCUCAAUCGUAGUUGGUAGUUUUGCAAGAAAUUUGGUUUUGGGGUUUUAUGCAAGUCACGGCGGGCUAUGCGAAGAUGGCCGCUCGGGCGGGUCUCACGAGAUGUCGAGCUCCUCUGCAUUGCCCGCAUGGGUGAGUGUGGUUUCGGAUGAUAAGUGCAGAAUCUUGGUGGCCGAUUGCAUAAAGACCUUCGUUAGCACAGCCGUUGCAGUCUAUCUCGACAAGACCAUGGAUGUCAACUUUUAUGACGAGAUGUUUUCGGGCCUCACCAAUCCCAAACAUCAGAAUAAAGUGACCGACGUUUUGGUCUCUCUGUGUAAUGGGGCUGUCGAGACUCUCGUGAAGACGUCGCACCAUGUGCUGACCUCAUCGAAAUCGAAUGACUCUUACUCGUGCGAGAUAUCGAAAUUGAGUAACAGGAAAGAUGCCGAGGUGGAGGCCCGUUUCACGAAAGACACGAACGAUCAUCUUCAGAGCCAUGGUUGGGUCAGUAGUGUCUCGUCAACGCUGGCGGUGCCGAGGAACCGAAAGUUUGUGCUCGACGUGACGGGAAGAGUUACGUUCGAGACAGUUAGGUCGGUUGUCGAGUUUUUCCUUUGGAAAAUGUCAGAAGGGUUGAAGAGGAGUGUGAACGUUGUUCAUAGGGAAGUUGUCGAGAGGGGAUAUGAGGUUGUCAAAUAUGUUGGAUACAGGUCGUCCGUUAUUCUUACUGUGUGCCUGGCGUUGUUUUUACAUGUCAUAGGAAAUACUGGUGAGUUGUUGCCUGCAUGA